CCGUCCGGGGCGACACGUCCUGGGAGCGCCGGACGGAAGCGCCGCUGGGACUGACACGUGGACUUGGGCGGCGCUGCCCGCGCGGGCCUGCUGGCGGGAGCCGGCUCCGGACUCGCUGCGCCCGAUGCAGCCGACGCGGCCGCCCCCAGACCAGGCCCGCGGGGAGGCGGCGGAGGACGCCCACUGGUCCAGGCCCGAGUGCCAGGCGUGGACGGGGACGCUGCUGCUGGGCACCUGCCUGCUGUACUGCGCGCGGGUCAGCAUGCCCAUCUGCACUGCGUCCAUGAGCCAGGACUUCGGCUGGAACAAGAAGGAAGCCGGGAUCGUGCUCAGCAGCUUCUUCUGGGGCUACUGCCUGACCCAGGUCGCCGGCGGCCACCUGGGGGACCGGAUCGGGGGUGAGAAGGUCAUCCUGCUGUCAGCCUCGGCCUGGGGCCUCAUCACGGCCGCCACCCCGCUGCUCGCACGCCUGGGCAGCGCCCACCUGCUCUUCAUGACCUUCUCGCGCAUCCUCACGGGCCUGCUGCAAGGGGUGUACUUCCCCGCGCUGACCAGCCUGCUGUCCCAGAGGGUCCGGGAGAGCGAGCGUGCCUUCACCUACAGCGCCGUGGGGGCCGGCUCCCAGGUCGGGACGCUGGUGACGGGGGCGGUGGGCUCCCUACUCCUGGACUGGCUCGGCUGGCCGAGCGUCUUCUACCUCUCCGGCGGCCUCACCCUGCUGUGGGCGUGUUACGUGUACAGGUACCUGCUGAGCCAACAAGACCUCGUCCGGGCCUUGGACGCUUUGGCGCGAGGCCUGCCCGUGUCCAGGCAAGCCAGGGUGCCCUGGAGACAGCUCUUCCGGAAGCCUUCCGUCUGGGCGGCCAUCUUCUCCCAGCUCUCCUCGGCUUGCUCCUUCUUUGUCCUGCUGUCCUGGCUGCCCACCUUCUUCAGGGAGACCUUCCCCGGCUCCCAGGGCUGGGCCUUCAACGUGGUGCCCUGGUUGGCGGCAGUGCCGGCCAGCCUGUUCAGCGGGCUUCUCUCUGACCACCUCAUCAGCCAGGGUUACAGAACCAUCGCCGUGCGGAAGUUCAUGCAGGUGGUGGGCCUCGGCCUGUCCAGCGUCUUCGCCCUGUGCCUGGGCCACACCUCGAGCUUCUGCAAGUCCCUGUUCUUCGCCUCGGCCUCCAUCGGCCUCCAGACCUUCAACCACAGCGGCAUUUCUGUGAACAUCCAGGACCUGGCGCCGUCCUGCGCGGGCGUCCUCUUUGGUGUGGCCAACACAGCUGGAGCCUUGGCAGGUGUCGUGGGCGUGGGCCUGGGGGGCUACCUGAUCGAGACCACCGGCUCCUGGGCGUCCCUGUUCCACCUGGUGGCUGCCAUCAGCAGCCUGGGGCUGUGCAGCUUCCUGCUGUUCGGGAAGGCCCAGAGGGUGGACCUGGGCCCCGCCCACCAGGACCUCUAGCCGCGCCCCGGCCGGCCCGCACACACCGGCACCGUCGGCCUCAGGGUGAAGGGCUCCGUGUCAGAGCCUCUUCCUCUUGUGGCCCGUGACAGAGGGGCUGAGCCUCAGCGGAGCCGGGGUGGGGCGGUCGGCACCGGCGCCUGGGCCUGGUCGGGCCUCGGCUUCCCCUCUGCCCAGCGUCCCCCGGGGAGCUGCCCCCGGGGAUUGGGGUCGGCGCCCCUUCCGGACUUGGCCCCGACACAGUGUCAGGCGCGUCCCGGAGGUCGGCCCCCCCGCCCACACGGUGCCCAUCCCGGAGAUCCUGGGUGGCCGUCUCCCCGACCUGCGACCCUCUGUUUCUGGGCCCGGUGGUUCUCUGUGGCGGCCCGUGCUGUGUGCUGUGGGGUGCUCAGGGCUACCCCGCCCCCAACGCCGUCUCCCGAUACCACCAGCCCUGUGGCCGUCUUUGGGGACCCCACCCCCGGCACCCCCUCCCGGGGAUCCCUAGACACAGGCAGUGUGCUCUGCGUCCCUGGCGCUGGGGACCCCCCUGCCCACGACGUUCCCCAGGACCAGGCGACCUGCCUCCUCCCCGUUCACACAGAGGAGCCGUCCCUCCCGAACUGACGGCAGGUGUGGCCGGGUGCAGCUGGGGAGAAAAGAACGUGGAAAACCACCCCGAAGCCUUAUUUAAGUGAUGCCCAUUAAACUAUUGAAGAGAAGACUGGA